AUGGGGGAGACCCAGACUUCCGAGUGGGGGGCACGGACGCGGGAGGAGCGCGCGCCAGAAGCCCGCAGGAUGGGGCGCGGGCGCCGCUGUGGCCGGCCUUACCUGGGCGGCUCCGCGUGGGCCGGAGGGCCGGUGCCGGCCGCGGCGCGCCGUUCCCCUCGCUUCUUCCGCAGCAGCCGCCCGGCCUGGCCCGACCCGCCGGCGGCCGGAGGGAGCGUCUGUGUCCAGCCGGAGUGGGGCGCGGGCAGCGCGGAGGAGCGGGCGCGGGGCGCCGCCCGGCGGGCAGCGCGGGCACUGCGGGCGGAUGCCAGCUGGCCGGGGGGAGGGGGCCUGCGGGCGGGGGUCCCCCCGAGCCUCCCUGGGGUCCACGCCCUGGACUGGGACGAGCUGGAUCCCCCAACCCGCAACCCGCUGGGAGGCGGUGGAGACGCCCAGCUCCCGGGAUGUCUCCAGAGCAGUCCUGCGGGGCCUGGGGCCACAGGGGCCUCCCCUCCGAGCCCGCCGGUGCCUCCAGCCUCCGCAGAUGGCACACCCGGGAGGCAGACCGCGGCGGGGACGGCGGGACCGGUGGGCGAGGAGGGACCCGUGACUCCUCCAGAGCCAGCGGCUGCCCCCAGCCGUCCGGGCACUGAGCCCGCAGCCUCUGCUGCCGACCCAGCGCCCCCCGCUCUGCAGGGGCCCGAGCCUGCCUGGGGCCCCAGGGAGGAGCACUUCCGAGACGCAGCUGCGGUUCUAGGCAUGGGGGUCGACGUGGACUACCUGGAGCAGUUCGGGACGUCCCAGUUUAAGGAGUCAGCCCUGAGGAAGCAGUCCCUGUACCGCAGCUUCGACCCGCUCCUGCAGGGCAGUCCUGAGAGGCCUGCGCCCGCGGCCCCCACGACCAGCAGUGUGCCGGGCGCCGAGGCGCCUUCCUGUGGGGGCCCGCCCGAGGCCCCGCUGGUGGACCUGGACUGCGUUGCGGAGCUCCGCCUUGCUGUGCCCCCACCUCCUUGUGUGCUCAGGCCCGGGGGCCCCCUCGUGGCCGUGCUACAGUACAGCCAGAGGGACCCCGCGGUGGAGGCAGCACAGAAGGAGGUCCUGCAGCUGAGGAGCCAGUGUGAGGAGCUGCACCAGCAAAACCUGGAGAUGGGGAAGGUCAUGGACCUGUACGAGAGCCUCAUGUACCGGGUGAUGGAGGAGGCUCAGACAGAGGAGGAACGUGCCAAAGCCGAGAUGCAGAAGGUGCGGAAAGAAAAAGAUGAGUUGAGCACAGGUCUGAGCUCCAUGGAGAAGUCCUUCUCCGACCUCUUGAAGCGGCAGAAGGCGGUGAUCGAGGGCUACCGGACGAACGAAGAGGCGCUGAGGAAGUGUGUGGAGGACUGCACGGACAGGGUCCAGAAGGAAGGCCAGCGGUACCGGGCGCUGAAGGCCCACGCGGAGGAGAAGCUCCGGCUGGCCAACGAGGAGCUCGCCCAGGUCCGGAGCAGGGCCCAGGCGGAGGCGCUGGCCUUCCAGGCGAGCCUGAGGAAGGAGCAGAUGCGUGUCCAGGAGCUGGAGAAGGCCGUGGAGCAGAAGAAACAAGAAAACGACGAGCUGAUCCGGAUCUGUGACGACCUCAUUUCCGUGAUGGAGAAGACCUGA